AUCAUAGCCAUUGUAAUCCCAAAAUCCUAUCCAGUUUCCCGUCACCCAACAACUCUGCUCUUUCUUAACAGUCAAAUAACAAUCCCUUCAACGCCAAUUCAAGCUUUCUAUCCUUCAAUUUCUUCUUCUCGCCUAUCGAUUUCUCUAGCUCUCAAUGGAGACGCUAGUUUCUUCCCUAUGUACAACAACCCAUCGCGGCGGCGGCGCCGUCUCUGCUCUCGGCUACCCCCUGCAACGGGUCAAGAUCCAAGCUCUUCCUGUUUCAAAGAAAAAGCAGAGCUUUAGGAUCACAAAAGCUUCUCUUGCUAAGACCGAAGUUGCUCUUCUCAGAAUUGGCACUAGAGGGAGCCCGUUAGCACUCGCUCAAGCUCAUGAGACGCGGGACAAGCUCAUGGCUUCUCAUCCGGGGCUAGCCGAAGAAGGGGCUAUUGAGAUUGUUGUGAUAAAGACGACUGGGGAUAAAAUCUUGAGUCAGCCACUUGCUGAUAUUGGUGGGAAGGGCUUGUUCACAAAAGAAAUAGACGAUGCUUUAAUAAAUGGUGAUAUCGACAUUGCUGUCCACUCGAUGAAGGACGUUCCUACGUACUUACCGGAGAAGACGAUCCUUCCUUGCAACCUGAAGCGCGAGGAUGUUCGUGAUGCAUUUAUUUCCUUGAGCACGUCUUCGUUGGCUGAGCUUCCUGCCGGGAGUGUCGUCGGUACUGCUUCGCUUAGAAGGAAGUCACAAAUACUACACCGAUAUCCAUCGCUCAAGGUGGAGGAUAAUUUCCGGGGCAAUGUACAAACCCGAUUGAGAAAGCUUAAUGAAGGAGUGGUUCAGGCAACUUUAUUGGCAUUAGCUGGACUCAGACGCUUAAGAGUGACAGAAAAUGUUACUGCUACUCUUUCGAUUGAUGAAAUGCUUCCGGCUGUUGCGCAGGGAGCUAUCGGAAUUGCUUGUCGUAGUGAUGAUGAAAAAAUGGUGAAUUACCUAGCUUCAUUAAAUCAUGAGGAAACACGAUUGGCAGUUGCAUGUGAGAGGGCCUUCCUAGAGAAAUUGGACGGGUCUUGCCGAACUCCUAUAGCCGGUUAUGCUUGCAAAGACGAGGAUGGCAACUGCCUGUUCAAAGGACUUGUAGCUUCACCCGAUGGAACACGCGUGCUUGAGACUUCAAGAAAGGGCUCGUACGAUUUCAAAGCCAUGGUUUCGAUGGGAAGGGAUGCCGGCGAAGAACUGCUUUCAAGAGCAGGUCCGGGCUUCUUUGAUCCUGGAGUAACUUAACAACAAUCAGAACUUCUGGUUCAUUCAUUUUCCUGAGCUUUUAUUGGUUGUAAUUCUAGGAAAUGUUCGGUUAAUCCGGAUCUACAAGCGUACUAUUAAUGAGUGAUAGUCGUAGGUAUGUUUGUUUUACUGAAAAUAUUUUUGUAUAACCUUCCUUGUAAUAGUAAUUAAACUAUUUUUUGC